AUGAUUUACUCUCUACUCUAGUCACAUCUACAUAAUGAACUUCUUGGAUCCAAAAAUCCAUUCACUGAGUUUUAAUUACUCAAUGUUUCCGAUAAUAUCUACUAAGAUACAAAAGAAUUCAAAUAUUUCAUUGACAUUGAAUAUAAAUCACAAUCAAUCCUCAUUAUUCAAUCCUAUCAAUUUGAAUAUCAAUUCAACUUUGAAACGAAUGCUGUUGAAUUACUUAAUUGUAUUAUUCAAAAAGUCAAUGAUGAAUAAACUACUAUUUCUAUUAAUUUACUAUAAUACCAACAUCCAAUCCCAACUUUACUAAUUAAAAAAGCUUUCAUAAAAAAAUAAACACCUCAUCCAGCACUUCAACCUCAUUAAAUUCACUCCAUAAUUUCAUAAAAUUCAAAAUUUUAAAAAAACGAUGUUACUUUCUCAAAUUUAGACAUCAUUUAAAGAAUUCAAGAUAUUUCUUAUAGAUAAUCUCCUUAAGAAAAACCAACUAAAAAAAGAGCUAAAGUUGAAAAACCUUAACCAAUAGAUAUUGAUUCAAUUAAAUUGGCUAAAGUUUAAGAGACUGUAGAUUAAAAAACUAAACAAGAAAUAAAUGUAAAUAAACAAUUGUUCAAAUAAUAACAAAAAAAGAAAGAAGAAACCAAUUAAAAUCAUUAAUUAAAAUCUUUGGUUAAAAAACUUGAUAUUCCAGAAAAAUGGAAAUAAGUUUCAUAGGAAUUUAGUGAAUCGCAUAAAAAAGUUUGGGAUAUUAAAUAUUAUGAAAAAUUAAUGUUAUUGACUGAAGCUAUUUCAAAAAGUAUUAAAUAUUUAUUAAUACCUUUAGAGUUCUUUUAUUAACACAUAUUUAAAGAAUGCAUAGAGGAAGAAUAUUAAAAGAGAUUCAUUAAAUAUGCUUUACCUCCUGAUUUGAAUGAUCAUUCUAUAGUAAAAAAGAGAAAAAUCUAUAGUAAAGAUGUUGUUUGUGCUCUUUUAGAAUGA